GCAGCAGCAGAGGGCCCGUGGCGCCGCAGGUCGGGAGGAGGAGAACCGAGUAGCGGGCUCGCUAGCCGGGGCCGCCCGAGAGUCUCUUCAUCUCGGGUGCUGGGGCCGCCAUCUUAGAUGGCGGGAGUAAGGCGAGAAGGAGCUUGAGACGGCUAGGCUUCCCUGCUGCUCUCCUUGGGCCCGGAAGAGGGCCAGCCGUCCGGGCUUUGGGGCGUGUGCCCUGAGGCGCGGAGCGCGAGUGCGACGAUGCGGGGGCUGCCCGGGGCCCUGUCCCCUGGGCUGGGGACGCGCUGAAUGUGACCGCCUCCCGCUCCCUCACCCGCCGCGGGGAGGAGGAGCGGACCAGACGCCGCCGCCCGACGACGGGACACAGAGGCGGCCCAGCUCCCUCAGGUUUAAGUGUUGUGUGAGCUGCAUCAAUGGAGCACAUACAGGGGGCCUGGAGGACCAUCAGCAACGGCUUUGGAGUGAGAGACGCAGUGUUUGAUGGCCCCAGCUGCGUCUCCCCCACAAUAGCUCAGCAGUUCGGCUUCCAGCGCCGGGCAUCAGAUGAUGGCAAACUUACAGACUCUUCAAAGACAAGCAACACUAUCCGUGUUUUCUUGCCAAACAAGCAAAGAACAGUGGUCAAUGUGCGAAAUGGAAUGAGCUUGCAUGAUUGCCUUAUGAAAGCACUCAAGGUGCGGGGCCUGCAGCCGGAGUGCUGUGCCGUGUUCAGACUGCUCCACGAACACAAAGGUAAAAAAGCACGUUUAGAUUGGAAUACUGAUGCUGCCUCGCUGAUUGGAGAAGAACUCCAAGUAGACUUCCUGGAUCAUGUUCCCCUCACAACACACAACUUUGCUCGGAAGACCUUCCUGAAGCUUGCCUUCUGUGACAUCUGUCAGAAGUUCCUGCUAAAUGGCUUUCGAUGUCAGACUUGUGGCUACAAAUUUCACGAGCACUGUAGCACCAAAGUACCUAUCAUGUGUGUGGACUGGAGUAACAUCAGACAGCUCCUAUUGUUCCCAAAUUCCACUAUUGGUGAUACUGGGGUCCCAGCACUGCCUUCUUUGACAAUGCGUCGGAUGCGAGAGUCUGUUUCUCGGAUGCCUGUUAGUUCCCAGCACAGAUACUCCACACCCCAUGCCUUCACCUUCAACACCUCCAGUCCCUCCUCUGAAGGUUCCCUUUCCCAGAGGCAGAGAUCAACAUCCACACCCAAUGUCCAUAUGGUCAGCACCACCCUGCCUGUGGACAGUAGGAUGAUCGAGAAUAACAGCCUGAAUGCUUCUCCCAGGGCGUGGUCCAGACGAUUUUGUUUGAGGGGAAGAGAUGCAAUUCGAAGUCACAGUGAAUCAGCUUCACCUUCAGCCUUGUCCAGCAGCCCCAACAAUCUGAGCCCAACGGGCUGGUCACAGCCCAAAACCCCCAUGCCAGCACAGAGAGAGCGGGCGCCGGGAUCCGGGGCCCAGGAGAAAAAUAAGAUUAGGCCUCGUGGGCAGAGAGACUCCAGCUAUUACUGGGAAAUAGAAGCCAGUGAAGUGAUGCUGUCCACUCGGAUCGGGUCAGGCUCCUUUGGAACUGUUUAUAAGGGCAAGUGGCAUGGAGAUGUUGCAGUAAAGAUCCUAAAGGUUGUUGACCCCACACCAGAACAGUUCCAGGCCUUUAGGAACGAGGUGGCUGUCCUACGCAAAACACGGCACGUGAACAUCCUCCUCUUCAUGGGGUACAUGACAAAGGACAACCUGGCGAUUGUGACCCAGUGGUGUGAAGGCAGCAGUCUCUACAAACACCUGCAUGUCCAGGAGACAAAGUUCCAGAUGUUCCAGUUGAUUGACAUUGCCCGGCAGACGGCUCAGGGAAUGGACUAUUUGCAUGCAAAGAAUAUCAUCCACAGAGACAUGAAAUCCAACAAUAUAUUUCUCCAUGAGGGCCUGACGGUGAAAAUUGGAGACUUUGGUUUGGCAACAGUGAAGUCACGCUGGAGUGGGUCUCAGCAGGUUGAACAACCCACUGGCUCCGUCCUAUGGAUGGCCCCAGAGGUGAUCCGAAUGCAGGACAAUAACCCGUUCAGCUUCCAGUCUGACGUCUACUCCUAUGGCAUUGUCCUGUACGAGCUCAUGACAGGGGAGCUUCCCUACUCCCACAUCAACAACCGUGAUCAGAUCAUCUUCAUGGUAGGCCGGGGGUAUGCCUCCCCGGACCUCAGCAAGCUCUAUAAGAACUGCCCCAAAGCGAUGAAGAGGCUCGUAGCUGACUGUGUGAAGAAAGUCAAGGAAGAGAGGCCUCUUUUUCCCCAGAUCCUGUCAUCCAUCGAGCUGCUCCAACACUCUCUACCGAAAAUCAACCGGAGUGCUUCUGAGCCAUCCCUGCAUCGGGCUGCCCACACCGAGGACAUCAAUGCCUGCACGCUGACCACGUCCCCAAGGCUGCCUAUUUUCUGACUUAGCACCUGCACUUGGCACCAGGGAGGAAGGGAAGUUGGCAGGCACCGUCUUUCUGCUCCUUCUACUGGGCAGAGAGCUUGUUUUCAGAGCAGCUGCUGCUAAGGACCUUGCAGACCACUCACAGGGCCUUAACUUCAUGUUGCCUUCUUCAUACCCUUUCUGGCCCUGUGAGAAAGAAGCCAUUCACAACACUGGUUUGUCUUUUUUCCUCCCUGGGGCCCCCGGCGCUCAAGAACCGAGCCUUCUCCAGGUGCCAGUGGUUGCGCAUGGCAGUACAGGAUCUGGGGCCCCAGCUACUGGCUAAGUGAGUACUUUUAGGGCAAGAGGAACAUUCGUAAGGGACAUUAAGGUAGGCAAACCAGCCUUGAUGCGUGGAUGUGUGCUCCCUUGAGGACUGCUUAUCACAGGAAGGACUUUUCCUUCAGAGAGUGGGGUGGCACCAGACAGUUUUGCACAUAAUGCACCCACACAGCCUGGGGCUGUUGAGAGGGCACACCCCUCUCUGAGGGCUCCAGUGCCCCAGGAAGGUUUCUCCAGGCAGUGCCUGGCCCGCCCCACUCCCACCCCCCCUUGGGCUCUCAGGGAGCAGCCUCUCCGCAGCGCCCAUCCAGUCUUCCAGGAGCUGCCCCUCUGGGCCAGGCCAGCCUGGUCUCUACCGUCACACCAUGUGUAUGCAAGGAAGCCAGGAAUACAGGUUCUCUUGAUGAUUUGGGUUUUAAUUUUGUUUUUAUUGUGCCUGACAAAACAGUUAUUUGAUGGUUCCUCAUGAUGGUUCCUCAAUUAUGUUAUUUUAAUAAAAUAAAUUAAAUGUA